GCUGAAGAUGCUGCUGGACGCCGGGCCGCAGUACCCGGCCAUCGGCGUGACGACCUUCGGCUCCUCGCGGCACCAUUCGGCGGGCGAGGUGUCUGAGCGCGAGGUGGGGCUGGGCAUCAACCCCUUCGCCGACGCGGGCAUGGGCGCCUUCAAACUGAACCCCAGCAGCCACGAGCUGGCCUCGGCCGGCCAGACCGCCUUCACCUCGCAGGCGCCGGGCUACGCGGCCGCCGCCGCCCUGGGCCACCACCACCACCACCACCACCCGGGCCACGUCGGCUCCUACUCCAGCGCCGCCGCCUUCAACUCCACGCGGGACUUCCUCUUCCGCAACCGCGGCUUCGGCGAGGCGGCGGCGGCCAGUGCCCAGCACAGCCUCUUCGCCUCGGCGGCGGCGGCCGGCGGCUUCGGGGGCCCCCACGGGCACGGCGAGGCGGCCGGCCACCUCCUCUUCCCGGGCCUCCACGAGCAGGCGGCCGGCCACGCCUCGCCCAACGUGGUCAACGGGCAGAUGCGCCUGGGCUUCUCGGGAGACAUGUACGGCCGGCCGGAACAGUACGGCCAGGUGACCAGCCCGCGCUCCGAGCACUACGCCUCGCCCCAGCUCCACGGCUACGGCCACAUGAACAUGAACAUGGCAGCCCACCACGGCGCCGGGGCCUUCUUCCGCUACAUGCGCCAGCCCAUCAAGCAGGAGCUCAUCUGCAAGUGGAUCGAGCCCGAGCAGCUGGCCAACCCCAAAAAGUCCUGCAACAAAACUUUCAGCACCAUGCACGAGCUGGUGACUCACGUCACGGUGGAGCACGUCGGCGGGCCCGAGCAGUCCAACCACAUCUGCUUCUGGGAAGAGUGUCCCCGCGAAGGGAAGCCUUUCAAAGCCAAAUACAAACUGGUCAACCACAUUCGAGUCCACACCGGCGAGAAGCCUUUUCCUUGCCCUUUCCCGGGAUGCGGGAAAGUCUUCGCGCGCUCCGAGAAUCUCAAGAUCCACAAAAGGACGCACACAGGUGAAAAGCCCUUUAAGUGCGAAUUCGAGGGCUGCGACCGGCGUUUCGCCAACAGCAGCGACCGCAAAAAGCAUAUGCACGUCCACACCUCCGACAAGCCUUAUCUCUGCAAAAUGUGCGACAAGUCCUACACCCACCCGAGCUCCCUCCGCAAACACAUGAAGGUCCACGAGUCGUCCUCCCAGGGAUCGCAGCCUUCUCCCGCGGCCAGUUCGGGUUACGAAUCUUCUACCCCUCCAACCAUCGUUUCUCCAUCGACAGAAAACCAAACCACCAGCUCCUUAUCCCCUUCGUCUUCAGCAGUCCAUCACACGUCCAGCCACAGCACGCUCACGUCAAAUUUUAACGAAUGGUACGUUUAAACAAACGAACGAACGAACGCAAAUUCAGCCUAUUUAAAAAGACUCCAAAAAUUAAUGAACACAUCGACUUUUUUUUUUUUUUGGCUUGGUUUGGGUGCUUUUGUUUUCUU